GUGCGACGGUGCCUGGGAGCAAUCUCGCUUACUGCCAGUGCGGAUCUGAUGCAUCGGGUUCCGCUUGCCGCAGUUGCGCGAGGCUCGGGGAGACGUCGAUGGCGAAAUCCGGCACGAGCUGCUGUGCAAACUGCCGUUGUGGCGUGCAGUGCCUGAAGUACAGACUGUGGGGCGUACGAGGAGCCGCCGGCUGGUGUGUGGAGAGGGCAUGCAAGCCGUGCCGCUGA